GGCUGCCUGUGGCAGAUCUGAGAGCUUCCCACUGAGUAAUUAAUGUAAUGACAAUAAUAGACACAAAGUAAACAAGGUGGAAAGAAAAUAAAUCAAUGGGCUGGGAGCAGAGGCUGCAUUUAGUGAGGAGCAGCCCUGACGGCUCCUGUCUGCACCUUGGGCUGUCAGAGCCUCCCGAGCACCCUGGUGACUUCACAGCCUCUGGUCUGGGAUCGGCUGCAUCCGAGGCUGUGCUGGCUCCUCAGCAGCAGGAGGCUGCAGGCAGCAAGUGACCCCCAGGCAGAUGAGCCAUGUCUGACAAGAAAGUCUCCAGGCCCUGCCAUCACUGCAGGAGCAAGUCAGCAUCAGCCCCAACAGACACGUCCAAGAUCCACUAUGAGAAGUUCUGGCUGUACCGUCACUGCUCCUCAGUGCAGCAGAGGGACCGGCAAGCUCAGAAGGCUGGGCAACUCUUCUCCGGGCUGCUGGCCAUGAACGUGGUGUUCCUGGGCAGUGCCUUCGUCAGCAGCAUGAUCUUCAACAAGGUGGCCAUAACUCUGGCAGAUGUCUGGAUCCUGCUCUCCAUCCUCAAGGUCUUGUGCCUGUUCUGGAUUAUUUACUACCUGCUGGGCACCAGCCGGCAGCCGCACGCGGUGCUCUACAGGGACUCCCACGCUGGAGCCAUCUGGAUUAGGGGGUCAGUGCUGCUGUUUGGCAGUUGCAGCAUCCUCCUGAAUGUGUUUCAGAUUGGCUACAGCACAAUCCUCGUCCACUGCAAAUCCAGGGUAGAAAUUGUGUUCCCCAGCAUUGGAAUCCUUUUUAUUUGCACCCAGGCUUACUUUCUGUGGCAUCACUCUAAGGACUGCAUACAAGUCCAGCACAACUUCACCAGGUGUGGGCUGAUGCUGACCAUAGCCACCAACCUUCUCCUCUGGCUGCUGGCCGUGACCAACGACACCCUGCACGUGGAGAUCGAGUCUCAGCUGCGCGAGGUGGAGCGGCGCUUCGCAGGCAACGAGACUACCUUGUGCACAUGUCCAAACACAACCAUCUGCAAAGUCUUCCAGAAGGGCUACAUCCUGCUCUACCCCUUCAACACCGAGUACUGCCUGGUCUGCUGCUCCGUGCUCUACGUCAUGUGGAAGAAUGUGGGCAGACGCAUCAGCCACCACCACAUCCCGCACGCCAAGCCCAAAUUCAAGCUGCAGGGGGUGGUCUUUGGGCCACUGCUGGGCACCAGUGCUGUAAUCAUCGGGGCCUGUGUCUUCAUGAUGUACCAGAUCCAGGCCACCAGCUUGGUGCCCAGCCGCCAGGUCUUUGUGAUCUAUUAUUCCUACUACAUUGUGCUCCUGCCCCUGAUGAGUGUGGGCGCCGUGAUCGGGACAAUCAUCCAUGCCUUGGAGAAAAAGGAGCUGGACACACUGAAGAACCCCACCCGCAGCCUGGAUGUGGUCCUGCUGAUGGGGGCAGCCCUCGGCCAAAUCGGCAUGUCCUACUUCUCCAUCGUGGCCCUGGUAGCCACUGACCCCAGGGACCUGCUGAACAGCCUCGCCCUGUCCUACUCUGUCCUCCUCAUCUUUCAAAACAUCAGCCAAAAUGUUUUUGUCAUCGACGGGCUCCACCGGCGGCGCGUUGGAGCAGCUGCUGAGGCCAAACGUGCCGGACACGCCGGGCAGCACACGGUGCCUGCAGAGCUACCUGGGCAAGAGGAGACCACGCAGGGCAGCAAACAGGAGCACAGCCAGACACCUCCUGGCAAGGAGGAAGACACUAGAGAAGAGCAGAAUCGUGAGGCCUACAGCCAGAGACGAGUGAGCGUGCUGGAGCUGGGACAGGAGAUCCGGAAAGCUUCCCUGUCCUACAUCCAUAUCUACUCUCACCUGAGCUGGAGGAGAAGAGUGUUGAGGGAGAUCUCGUUCUUCUUGGUUUUGUGCAACAUCAUACUGUGGGUCAUGCCCACAUUUGGGGCUCACCCCCUCUUCGAGAAUGGAAUGGAAAGGUCCUUUUAUGGCUACUCCACCUGGUUUGUGAUCGUGAACUUCGGGCUCCCCUUGGGUGUGUUCUACCGCAUGCACUCGGUCGGGGGGCUUCUGGAGGUCUACGUGACAGCCUGAGCUAAGCUGGGCCCCCACCCCAGGGCUGGGGAGAAUCAGUGAUGCUGAACAAAGAUGCAGGAAGCAGCUACCAGAUUAUGAUUCCUCCAAGCAUAAUAUGAUGCAAGAUAUACCACAUGGAACCUUCUAAGACUUUUUUACUCCAGCUUCUGCUUGGACGUCUCCUUGUACAACGUCACCAUGAGUUUCAGAAGAAGUUCUUUCAUAUUAUCCUUUUCCACCAUAGAGACUAGACUCAAAGCCCAUAAACAAACUCUCACUGCUCUCAGGAAUCAUGCAUGCAGUCAGCAGUCUGCCAGUGGAUGCUGUUUGGCAGCAAGUGGGACUUUACCAACUCCGGUUGAGAUCUUCUAGAUGAAAGAAUGCAAGGGCAGCCUUCAGCAAAAGCAACAAAGACUAGCCUGCACCAAUUCAGAAAAUCAAAAGCAAUCAAAAAAUAAAAGCUGUAAAAUGACCUUGCUUUACUGAGAAUAAACACCACUUCUUUCUACAGGCACUCGCAGAGCCUCAAGUGGCAAUCUCUAGGGAAGCACUGUGGGUGAUCUUUACUCACCACAGAUGAUGUUACCACUGGUGUGGACUAGCCAAGGUCUCAUCCUUACACACAGGGCGAGUUCAAGAGCAAGCUACUGCCACAUCCAGUGUGAAUCUCUCCCCACCCCAACACUUUGGCCCUUGCUGCUGCCUUGCACAUCCACAAACCUUUCUGGAGGUCACCAUGCACAAGGGAAGGCAGCUGCAGUGAGGUGCCUGAUCAAAGACCUGUCAGGAUGUGUUCCACAGGGAUGCCUGCUUUGAAAGUAUGUGGGAGAGCAAGGGGCUUGUGACUAUGGGUCCCAAAUCCAGAGCCUGAUGAAUGGAAAUAAAGAGACUGAAUUUUCAUUUUCAUUUCGCGUCUUGUGAAAUCUCUGGGUCUGCUCUGCACUCAAUAGGCUCAAAGUCAACUCACUUAAAUUGCUCUUGCACUCAGAAAUUGCACAGGGCUCUGAGCAACCUGGCCUAGAGGAAGGAAUUCCUGGCCAUGACAGAUGAGCUUUAUGGUCCCUUUCAACUCAAAGCAUUCUGAGAUUCUACAACAUUUAAGAGCAGGCCUGCUCUAUAAUCAAUCAAAAGCUGUCAUGACCCUUACCCAAGCAUGGCACAAAAGGCAUUCCCAUUAUUGCUUCUGUUCCUCUGUAAAUCAAUCCCAGGAUCAGUGUGGGUUUAGGAUUACAGCCUAUUUAUGGGUGGGUUUUUUUGGGAUUCCCUAGUACAGCAAACUCUCCCAAGACAGUAACAGUGAAGAUUCAGCAUUCAGGUGGUGAUAGCACCUUUCUGUAAAACUCCAAGUGAGACUGAUUGCAUGAGCAUGAACUUUGCCCAAUAAGUGUUUGUAUUUGGGCCCAUGUCAACAGAAAUAUGCCACGAGAAAUAACAGCUGGAUAAAUUAGGCUCCAAUAAAGUUAAUUAUUAUUCUCAUGUCAGUGUUUACAUCAUGGGAUCCACAGGACAUACAUGCUAAGGUAUGACCUCAAACCUUCUUCAGAGUGAUUGACAGUCUGGGGACAAGGAAGGAUGGCACUUCACGGGCAAACCACGACCUGGAUUUUAUCCAGUUUCAUGGAUAAAACACUGGAUUAGGUUACUGAGCUUUGACAGAGCAGGUGACUUUGGAAUGAACACUGAAUACAUGACUGCAGACACGAUCAGCAUGGACAGGAAUGAAGGCCACCAGCUCCAACUCUCACCUACAGCCACUGCAGAUCAGAUAAACAGUCCAGGCCCUCCAUGUCCUUUCUAACAACCCCCAGGGCCAGGGUGCCUGUUUUACAGGUCUCAACUGCACAAAGGUUCUGGCACAUGGUUGACUAACUCAGGAGACUCGAUCCUGUUUGAUCUUUGAUGAUGCUGUAACCACAGAAACAGCCAAACCCACACCAUUCAGGCUCAUUUUCCAGAGUCAAAUCUUCAUUUCUGAUUAUUAAAAGAAAAUAACACUGCAGAGGAAACCAUGGUGCCCUAGUGGCACAAAUAACCUCAACAUAAGACAAGCAAGAUUAUAAACCUCUCUCUGAGGAAGAAAGAAAAAACAUACCCAAGUGCAUGUUUCAGUUAAUCUUUAUCUUUCUCUUCAUAAGUAAGCAAAGAGUUUACAGUGCAAGUUGAUUUCCACAGAACAAGGAUCAGACUCCAAACACCAAGAAACAAACAAAAAGGCUUCCAGAGGAACUCACAAAGAAACAAAGCAGAAAAGAGAGGACGGAAGAGAUCAUGAGAACCAGCAGGUCCAUGGGAGGGAAGAGGCAAAGCAC